AUCGAUAAAGGCACUUCCGGUCUUUCUUUCUGUGCUGUGUGUCUAAGGAAUAAAAGCUUGCACUGUCGGUAAUUUUCAAUAGUAAAAAGUCGUAUUGUGUAAUUGAAUAUAAUGGACCGUAACAACAACAAUCUGCCAGUGCACCUUUUUGAUAUUUUUGGCAAUCCAUUGCCCAUGCCAAUGGCGCCGCCGUUGCCGCCGCCGGCAUUGAGCAACGACCAUAACAACGCUGGGAAUGCGCUCGACAUGAGUAACAACUUUAACUAUAACGGUGCAGCCGCUGCUGGGGGCCAUACCUAUAUGAAUGGAGUUCUCUAUAAUAAUGAAUUCUUGGGGGCACCAAACACCGAGCGCGCCUUAAAUGUCGACCCGGGACUUGGCACAUCGGAAGAGGACAGCGAUGACUAUUACGAUCCGAUGGCUGAUGAUAUGCCCCCCGUCAAUGGCAUUCGCUUCUAUAAUCCGCUCUUUUAUCCAGGGGGCAUAAUACCGCAGCGCGAGCCGCAGCGUGUGCGUAAGUGCAGGCCCUCGAGACCUAAAAUGCCUAGUAACUUGACUUUGACUAUUGGCCCUUUGCCUGAAUCCUCUGGCGCAGCUGGCCACUGGCUUCCCGAUAACCCGAUUGCUAUGGCGGGCGCCUUUCCAAAUUCUUAUCAGCCGGGUGUCAACUUGACCGGUCAACGUGAAGGUCGUGACGACAACAAGGCCUCGAACCCCGAGUAUCCGUUAGGGUAUCCCCACCAGCCAUAGAUGGCUCUAAAGGUGUAGCUCAAAGGUAACCACUUUGAGUUACAAAAAAUUGAAUCAUUCUGCAUGUAUGUUUCUAACUAACUCAAAUAAAAGGGCAUAUGGUAGAUAUUGAUGGUCAUAACAUAAC